GGGUUAUCGAUUAAAGCAAAAUGCCUGAGAGUGAUAUUUUAAAUAUAAGUUCACAGUACGAAACGGAUUCCAAAAUAACAAAAAUUGAAUAUCAUUCAUAUACACCUUAUACUACAUCAUUUAAUAAUAACGAUGAAAUACGUAUUUCAAUCCAGCAAACAGAUGUUUAUCCGUAUCUAUACGAAAGCUUUAUUUAUUUAGAAGGAAUGAUUUCGGAAGCUGACAAAGUGAAACUAUCUAAUAACGGUAACUCUUAUCUCUUCGAACAAAUACGAUUGGAAAUCAACGGGAUAGAAGUAGAUAGCACACGUGUUCUUGGAAUCAAGAGCUCGUUGAAAGAUUACUUAUCCGGUACACCAGACAACUAUAAUUGUUAUGAAAAUGCAGGCUGGAAUUUUAAAAACGGAACACAAUCAGCAAAUGAAAAAGUUGCAUCUACAGCCAAAGUUACUUUAAACAAAAUAGUAUGGAAGGUCCCACAUAUCACUGUUGACGAUGGAGAACGGUUAAAAUUAUUGAAACUUGUAGAAAGAGAAAAAAUUGACACUUCAAAACGGAACGAUUCAGCCACAGCCUCAGCAGUAGAUGUUCAAUUAGAAAUUGAAUCAUCAGAAUCGCUUUCAGGUGUAUCUGCUUAUUGUUUAUUAAUUCAUGAUCGAAUUGUUGAAUAUGUACCUUUUACUAAAGAAGGAGAUUGGAUGCAGUGUAAGGGGAAUUUGUUCCCUUGA